CCCCAACUUUCAUCUUUCACGCCCCAAGCCGACAGGUCAGUCAUGGCUAACUGGCCGUCCACGGUUGUCACUACUCGGCAAGCCGAGAUGAAGUACAUGAACAGGCUAGCUGAAGACUUCCCGAACCACGAGCUGGAAUCCGACAUGCACCCCUUCACGAACGCCGGCCUAUCGUGGGCCUCCAUGCAAAGCUGCGCAGGCAAGCCUUACACUAUCAGGACGAACCCCCAGCUCACGAUGAGCUUGCCACACAAUUACAAAGAGGUCCCUGAGCCUACCAACCGAAGGACGCGCAGUCAGAGCGUCCAGGAUCAGGAACCAGAGGUGCCGCAGGCUCCGGACGAUGCGACUGGAUCAGACGUAGAAGAUGAUCUAGAUGAUGCCGUGCAAGUCGCGCUGAUGAUCUCGACGUCGAGCACAGGCACCUCGUCCUCACAAGCUCUGAGCGAGCUCACGGCGGAGCCCACGGCCACGAACCAGCACGGAGACUCCAUCAGCGCGCAUCUUACCUCUGGCGCGCAGACCGCCAAUCAGCAGCUGCUCGACGACGAACUUGCAGAGCGCUAUCGUCACAUCACCAUUAGCGGAGUCUCCUCGUUGCUCUCCUCACAGUCCACAGAGGCACCGUCCACGGCAAGGCGUACAAAGCAGCAAGACGAAGCACAGCGCAGGGCAAGAGAUCCGCGGCGGACACCAGACUUCACUACUCGUAUGACCUUUUUCGACCCCCACCCCGGUUAUGAUCGACCGCUGUUCCUACAUGAAUGCAAGCGCGUCGCCAUCGAGGGCAAGAAAGACAAGGGGCCAGAUGGGUACCAUGCGCUCGAAAUCGCGUUCGAGAACAUGGUGAAUCAAACUCUCCAGCAAGCUCAGUUCGCGUUUCACGAAUAUCCGGCGGAGACGGAGAUCCACAUUAUGUGCCAUGUAGGCCUUCACUUCCGGGUUCUCAAGUACGACGUGGAUCACACACCAAAAUUCGGUGAUCCUCUGCCAGUCAACCAGUCGUUCUCAAGUGUUCCAGUAUACACGAGUCCCAUCUGGACCGUCCUGAACGCCGAGAAUACCGAUUUCCAUACUCAAUUCAAGAUCCUGUGGACGAAAGUCAAGCACAGCAAAGAGGGUACGCUGGAAUGAGUCUCUACGCAAUCACAUGGUUACAUUGUAUAUAACUUUAUCUCAACACUCUCGACACGAUCCUGAGGCUGUACUAGUAGUGAAUCGUCACAUCAUAAAUGACAGCAGGUGUCAGAGUACGUUGAUGAAGGAGCUUUGUGUUGGAGUGAGCGCAUUGCCAACGUAUGGUCGACCGAAUUAUUUCCAGUGAUUCAUUGCAAGUUGAAGGACUCGGGGGACUGGUUC